CGAAAGUGAAAGAUUGUGUUGUUUUGAAGAUUCAAGCAGUGCGGGUUCAAGAAAUCAACAAGCACUGACACCAGAGUGAAGAUGGCAGAACUCAGAAAUCAGUUUUACAAAAUUGCUGGAAAAAGGAAAUGCUACGUCCUUAUACCUGGAAAAACCUUCCAGUCUCAAGAAGCCUACAUAAAAAAUUGCCUUGAAAAUUGGACUGGUCUGGAGAUGGUGCCCGUUGUGGAACAGUGUGAUGUCAUUUUGUUUUUUUGCGCCAUUGUUUCUAGGGCUGGAACUGACAUCGACUCUGCAGUGAAACAACUUAAUGCCUUGUCACCAUCUAAACCCGCUGUUUUUAUGGUGGGCCAUCACACGUUUGACCGAGAGAAGACUGUAACAGACAGCAGCAAAUAUGUGACCAGGAUGAAUACAUUAACAGUGGAUUGUCUGUUCAAUGAAGAUGUCUUUCUGGACUUUCCGAGGAACAUGGAAACUCUGGAGAGAAUAAAAGAAUGGGUGCUGCAACAGGACACACAGCAAUCAUCAGAAGAAUGUUUGGAUCUGGGCUUAAACACUCAUUUAUUCAAACUUUCUCCAGACAAACUAAGUGUUUCAUCAGAACUGAUACUCGUGCUGCUGGGCACAUCUGGGUUUGAGAAGAAUGCAGUAGCAAAUAUGAUAUUUGGCAGAGAAGACAGUAAGGAGGAUUUUGCUCAGGUCACCCAAAGAAAAACCACAAUUGAGCAUGGAGAGGUGCGUGUGGAUGUGGAUGAGGAACAUGAAAUGUGGAAAGUGUUUCUGGUCAACACUCCUGACAAGUUCAGCUCUGGACACUUUGAAGAGGAAAUCAGCCUGAUUGCUCAGAAACCUUACGUUUUGCUCCUAAUCAUACCAGAAAAGUCAUUUACCAACAAGGAGAAUACCAACGAGGAGAGAGAGACAGCAGUGAGAAUGAAAGAAAUUCAGAAGAAAUUCCACGACAGGUUCAUGAUCAUUUCCACUGUUACAGAUGAAUCAAAACCCAAUCAAAAUGUUCCCCUAAUGAAUACUGGAGAACAACAUAAUUGUGAUCAUGUCCUCAACAUUAGUCAGAGAGAGGACAGAUAUCAGGUUUCAGAGCUGAUGAAGAAGGUAGAAAAGAAGCUGGCAGAAGGUUUUAAUAAGAACUUGACUGACUCUCAGAUAGAAACUGCUAUAAUCUCAAAACAGGUGCUGACAGAAGAGGCUAGGGACUACAAAAAAGUGAUACUGAAAAAUCCUGCACGUACCGUAUGGUUCUCAGCAGAACCCAAGGAGCAAUUUGUAUUAGUGAGCGCUAGUGAGUCAAAACCGGAGUAAGUUAUAUCCUGCAUAUUUAAAACCAGGAUGAUAUGUUAACAAAGCCUAUGCUUAACAAAAUACAUUAUAUAUAUUUGAAAGCUGAAAUUAUGUAUUAUUGUAGUAUUUUUUGUGCUGAACAAUUGAAUCAUUUAUUAUGUACAGUGUUAUGCAAAAGUUUGGCCUCGCCUGAUUAUUUUCUUAAUUGCAAGCCAUAGCCUGCUGGCCUUUCAAAUCAGCAAAUUCAUUUGGAUAUACAUUAUACCCUAUGGAAAAAAGGCAACGUUUCAGCUCUGACAUAAUUUUUUUUUAAUCAACAGAUGCAAUGCAAUUUAAGUCUUAACAAAAACAGACAGGUUCAAAAAUUUGGGCACCCUAUCAAAAUAAUGACAUCAAUCUUUUGUACAGCCAACUUUUGCUGAAAUAGCAGCCUGUAGACACUUCUUAUAGUCAAGGAUAAGUCCCUGAAUUCUUGUUAAAGGCAUUUUGGACCAUUCUUCCCUGCAAAAUUUCUCCUGUUCAGUCAGGUUUGAUGAGUGCCAAGCAUAAAAGGCCCUUUUUAAAUCAAUCUAUAGAUUUUCGAUGAUGUUCAAGUCUGGGGACUGGGAUGGCCAUUCUAGACCAUUGUAUCGUCUCUGAGUAUGAAUUUCUUUGUAGAUCUGUAACUGUGGAUUGGGUCAUUGUCCUGCUUAAACAUCCAACCCUGCUGUGACUUCAGCUUCUUGUCUGAUUUCUGAACAUUGUUUUUAAGAAUCUGCUGAUUCUGGGUGGAAUCCAUACAACCUUUAACUCUGACAAGGUUUCCAGUACCUGUGCUUGCCACAUAUCUGCACAGCAUGAUGCACCCUCCACCAUAUUUUACAGUAGGGAGCAUGUUCUUCUCCUGGAAUGCUGUGUUCUUUUUCUGUCAUGCAAAGCACCUAUGGUUGUGGCAUCUGUCCACAAUAUAUUUUUCCAAAAUGAUUCAGGCUUGUCCAGAUGAGCCUUUGCAUGCCUUAAACGACUCUUCUUGUUGGCAGAUUGUAGAAAAGGCUUCUUCUGCAUCACCUUCCAUUGAACUGUUUUUGUGAAGAGUGCGCUGAACUGUGGAACGAUGUACAAUGGCAUUGUCAGCAGCAAGAUCUUCCUGGAGCUCUUUGGAGGUGAUCUGUGGUUUGUCUGUAACUUUGCCUUUUUUUGCUCUAACUCAUCUCUCCUACACAAGAUCUGUUGCUCUGGCCUUCCAUUUUCUUACUAUAUUUCUUACUGUGGAGACUUUAAACCGUUUAUCCUAGUUUUUAGGUCAUUAGGUAGUGCUUUUGAGGUUCCCAUGUUGCUACUGACAGGUUGACAAUAAGGAGAAACACAAAUAGCAAUCAGGUAUCUUAAAUAUCCUUUUUCUUGAUCAGUUGUACCCAUGUUAGGAUUAAGGUUCAAUGAGUCACUCAAAUCAAUUUUGUUUUGUAAUCAAUCAGCAUUAAUUUACUAUAGGUUUUGAAAUCCACACAAAAGAGAGGGUGCCCAAAUUUUUUCUAUUCCAAUUUUCAAUUUAAUUUCACACAUCUCAAUACUGCUACACCUCAAAUGUCUGUCUGAAAACAAAUUGCAUUUAACUGUAUGAAGAAAGAGCUCUUAUAAAGAAAGAGCACGUAAUUAUGCAGCCACAGAGCUGUGGCUAAUUUUUGUAUAAAACUGUACUCUAGCUUGUGCUUUCACUUGUGUUGCUUAUUUCUAAACUAAUCAUAGAGGAUCAUGAUUGACCCUGACUAAUCCUACAAUAGCUGACACAUGAUGCACCAAUCAGAUGAAUCUCACCUCCGUUAUCUUUGUUUUGAAGAAUCACACCCUUCCACCCCCACUCCUCCUCCCUUUUCCUCGAUAGGGCAGCACGGUGGCCCAGUGGUUAGCAUUGUUGUCUCACAUCAAGAAUACCACUGGUUCAAGUCCUUACCAGGCCAGUCGAUGUUUCUGUGCGGAGUUUACAUGUUUUCACUCACGUGGGUUUCCCCCGGGUUCCCUGGUUUCCUUCCACCGUCCAAAGACAUGCGACAUAAGUGAAUUGGCUAAUCCAAGUUGUACCAUAGAUGAACUCUUAGUCAGUUAUAUAUCUCUCACAGCAAUUCCUAACUCAUCAUCAGCCACAACAAGCAGGGCAGUUCUUGAGACCUACCUGAGCUCAAACUCCCCUCUCGCCCUGCUAACGAGAGGGAGCCUAGGGCUCAAGGAUCUUCUGAGCUCAGAGCUCUCUCCCAGGACAGCAUGCCAAACAUGCUUUAUUAUCAGUCAUCAGCUAAAUGUGAACACUUGAAAAAAUAAAAGCUAUGCUAACACACUAAAGUUAGCAAUAUCCUUGCUGGGAGAGCACAGAUGUCAGUCAAUGCUCAUUAAUAAUUUGUGUGUUUUAAACUCAAAUGUAGGACUUUAGAUGUUGUUUGUGUAAAAUUGGUAUUUCCUUCACUGACUUGAUUAAGGUAACUGUGUUUCUCUUUUGCUUCAGCAUGAUGUCAAUAAAUCUAAAGUAUAUGUUUGUGUAUCUAGCAGUGCAUUGUUCAAUUGAUUCAAUAUGUUUUCUGUAUAACAGCUGGAUUCAGCACACAAAGUUUCAGCAUAUUAAAAG